AUGUUGGUCAAAGAAUAUCCGUACUCUCCAUUCCACGGUGAAACUGUCAAUUUUCACUUCGGAAAGACCGAUUCCACAUUGGAACAAGUAAACUUUAGUAUUGGCAGUUUAGGAGUAUUUCAUUUCGCUGAAGCAUCAGAAGAGGUAAAAAAGAGUGAUAAUGGUGAACAAGGAGAACCUGAAUACAAGGUAGACUCUCUUGGCUUCUUUCCUAAAGAGUUUUUUAACAAGAAUUCACCUUUGAUGAAGAUGGCCAUGAACAAAAAAUUCUCAGCAGGAUUAGGUGAUGUUUUGGAUUCAUCGUCCACACAUAAUGGGGAGCUAAUGUUAGAAUUGGUAUUAGGCCUUGGAAAAAAAAAGGAUCUGUUAUCCACUGACCUAGUAAAUGUGGCGUCUGUAGCGGCCUCAUUGGUCUCUCAGAAUAAGCCAAAGACAGUUGUGUUUGUACUCAGGAAUUUAUGCGUACACUACGUAGAGCUACUUAUGACAAACUUCCUAGUGCACCUUUGCGUUGAUAACAGAUUUAAAAAGGAUACGAAGAAUGAACCUUAUUUGGAAAAUAUACUUAUAUUACACGAGAAUCACACUCAACUAACAAAUUUGGACAAGAAGGUGAAAGCGUUGGCGGAGUCAGUUAACAUAACACGAGAACUUGUGACGGCGCCCCCAAACUACGCAAACACAGUAACAAUAUCUGAAUUUCUGAAGAAGAAGCUAGGUGACAUGGGACUGGAGGUUACAGUUCUGGAAAGAGAGGACUGCGAAAAACAAAACAUGUUUUGCUACCUCUCAGUGGGACAAGGAAGUAAAUAUCCACAUAAGUUUAUCCACGCAGUAUAUAAGCCAGAUGGUGAUUCACAAACCACUAAGAAGCUGGUCAUGGUGGGAAAGGGAAUCAUGUUUGAUUCAGGAGGAUAUAACAUAAAGAACUCCGGAAACUGGAUACAUUUGAUGAAGUUCGAUAUGGGAGGGCUGUCGGCAGUGUUUGGGGCUGCGCACGCAAUUGCGAAGCUUAAGCCCAAGAACGUUGAAGUCCACUUUAUAUCGGCGAGUUGCGAAAACAUGGUCGACGCAAAUUCAUAUAGACCAUCAGAUGUAGUAGUAGCGUCAAACGGGAAGACAGUAGAAGUGUUCAACACCGAUGCCGAAGGUAGACUGACGCUGGCAGAUGCGCUCGUGUAUGCAGCAAAGCUGAAUCCCGACUAUCUGCUGGAUAUGGCUACACUGACUGGAGCACAGAUGGUCGCACUAGGAACUAAAUGCGCAGCUUUCUAUUCAAAUGACGAAGAUUUUGCAGAGUUAUAUGCCAAGGCAGCAAAAAAUGGAGGCGAGAACGCCUGGAGAAUGCCCCUGCUGAAGGAGCAGAAGGAAACGCUGAAGUCCAAGCUCGCGGACCUGGUAAAUGCAGACCUGAAAAUGUUUGCCGGCUCUGUGAACGCAGCACAGUUCCUGAGCGAAUUCGUGGGAGACAAAAAAUGGGUUCACGUGGACAUGGCCGGCCCCGUGUGGGACUGGAAGCAGGAGAGGGGAACGGGAUACGGAGUUAUGUCGCUCGUAAACCUGGCACUGCUGCUAGCAGAUGCUACAACAAACAAUGUGUAA